GGAUAGGUCAGGUACCACCAGAGGUCCUAGUUCCCCUAGUUGGGAACUAGGCUAUUAUGCGUUAGUCGAUUUACUUUCAUUUUCAUAUUUGCAACUACCUAAAAAAUGGAGACCGGACUACGAGAGAGGGCAGAAUUGUUUUUGCUGCCUGAAGACAGUUUUAGGAUUAAUGCCUACAAAAUCAUCUGUGAAAUGGACAAACUACACGGACCUAAGGAAUAUGUGGAUGAGAUGCUCCACAGCAUCUUCUUCUUAGGCUGGAUUCAUUCUCCCAAAUACACCCCUGAGAUGAUCCUUGGUGACCAUUUAUCUACGAUGAUGAAGAUAUUCCCACAACUGUUUGAGAGUUACAAAAGGAAACUACCAAAACGGACUCCGUUCUCCUGUGUGCUGGAUAUGGUGGUCUCCAUGUUUGGAUCAGACAAUGAGUUGGAAAUAUGGCAGAAACUGCGGGAUAUCGCCAGUGUCAUGUCAGGGAGACACCGGUUCACCUCCUCUACCAUCUGCAUCUCUGAAAGUGGAGGGAGGUACUAUGGAGCGUCCAUGUCCUGCACGGGGAAGAAAGAGGGACAGAUCAUGAUCGCUGUGUCCUGUCUGAGUACCUGGCACUGCGGUGUAUCCAAUGCCGUGAUGACAUACAAGCCAGAUAAGAACAAGAGAAAGCACUUUGAUGGCACCAUGAAACUACAAGAGUAUGUAAAGUGCCAGGCUUCCAAUGUGAAGAGUGGGAAGAAGAUGUUUCCUUGCAGGUCCUGUGGUCAUCUUUUUGGUCUGGAGGAAAGUAGGUCAAGCAAUAAGAUGUGGCCCUAUGGGAACUGCGCAGAGGCAGAGAGCUUGAGCAAACUGCUCUAUGGAGAGGAAGAGAUUGUUAAGAAUGUAGUACCAUCAGUUGAUUGCAAAAUGCGAGAGCAAGUGGUGAACGAGGUAAAGGCUCACCUGGAAGAGAUGCUCAAAGAGUCAGAAUUUCAAUGGGAUUCUUCCUAUUACAUUCCACAGUAGAUUGUCAGAGAAAUGCAUGUGCGCGCACACACACACUAAGUUUACAGAUAUACAGAUGCACAUUCCUACUGUGACACACAGAUCCAAAACAUGAAACAUAUAAUCAUAGCUUGGUGCGGGGCUAGCAACAUGUGAUUUGUGGCUGACAGCUAGCAUUGAAACAUUGCCAAAGCAGUGAACCACUCUGUGCAUAUAGUAUACAGUAUAACUGCUAGGCUACAGCUAUCGGCUCUUAUCAAUGACAUCUGUGAAGUAGAUGGUUCUUUUAGUGGGGGACUUUGAGAACUUACAGUCAACAAAAUGAAAGUUAGAUAGUCAGGCCCCCAUUGAUCUUGUUAUAAUGUUUUAGCAUAAGAAUACAGCUUUAGCCUUGUAAAAUGCAGGUAUUUGCAGGGAAUGUGCUUAAAAACGACAAAAAUUGCUCUCAGUUCCAUGGCAAAAUGUCAGUUCCAUGGCAAAAUGUUGGUUCCAUGGCAAAAUGUCAGUUCCAUGGCAAAAUGUUGGUUCCAUGGCAAAAUGUCAGUUCCAUGGCAAAAUGUUGGUUCCAUGGCAAAAUGUUGGUUCCAUGGCAAAAUGUUGGUUCCAUGGCAAAAUGUCAGUUCCAUGGCAAAAUGUUGGUUCCAUGGCAAAAUGUUGGUUCCAUGGCAAAAUGUUGGUUCCAUGGCAAAAUGUUGGUUCCAUGGCAAAAUGUCAGUUCCAUGGCAAAAUGUUGGUUCCAUGGCAAAAUGUCAGUUCCAUGGCAAAAUGUUGGUUCCAUGGCAAAAUGUUGGUUCCAUGGCAAAAUGUCAGUUCCAUGGCAAAAUGUUGGUUCCAUGGCAAAAUGUCAGUUCCAUGGCAAAAUGUAUAGAAUGGCAGGAAAUUAGCUUUAAAAUAAAAUGUUCCCCAUAUGGUGGGUUGGGACUCAAAACACACCUCCAUUUGUGUUUCACAAAGCCAAACCGUUUGGAAAUCCCUGGUUGGAUAUCUCAGUGGAGAUACUGUAUUAUUCAUCAUUUGUCUGCUGUAUUUAAUUGAAUAUUCUAGACAAAGAAUUUGACAUUAAACGUGUAUUAUUUUAGUUGAUUUUAAACUUUACUUCUACUGUAAGCAUUGAUGCACAUCUUACUCAUCUGUAACAAAUUACCAAUACUUUAACCGUUGGUGUGAAUUCAUGUCUGGGUUGACUAAUAUGUGAGGAAUUAAUAUAAUAAAGGAGACUAU